UUCGAUAUUAGGAGGCUUCAUAGAUUCUCCUAUUGCACAUUCUUCAGCGACUGCGCUUUCGAUCUUGGUAGACGAGAAAAAUCGAAUCAUAGCAAAUGGGACACUCCAACGUUUGGAACGCUCAUCCUAAGAACUAUGGUCCUGGUUCUCGCACUUGCCGUGUGUGUGGGAACCCACAUGGAUUGAUUAGGAAGUACGGUCUUAUGUGCUGCAGGCAGUGCUUCCGUAGCAAUGCCAAGGAAAUUGGCUUCAUUAAGUAUCGCUAAAUGGCUAUUGUUACCUGCCCAAUCUAUUUUAGGUUCUCGCGUUAGGAUGUUAUGAGGAUAUUAUGUUUGAAGAAACUUGAGACUUGAUUUUGGCAUGUAGUUGAUUAUCAGACUUGAUUUGUGGAACUAAGAUUUUUAUAUGAAUUGUUUUGGACUAUUGAAUGCCCUACAACUGAACCUUUAAUCGUUCUGUAGUCUGUACGUGCGUGGGACACUGGUCUAUGCAGCCUUGCAUUUGCAACCCUGUGUCGUUUUUUUUUUUCAUUUUUUGGGGUUUAGUUGUAUUCUAUUAGAAUUAUAUGUGACUUGGUUGAAUUGUC